AUGCAAUCCGCCGCUCGUCUGUUCCGCAGCUUCAGCACUGCCUCCAACCCCAAGGUCUUCUUUGACAUUAGCAUCGGCGGCAAGUCGUCCGGCCGCCUGGUGAUCGAGCUCCGUGCCGACAAGGUGCCCAAGACCGCGGAAAACUUUCGUCAAUUGUGCACUGGUGAAGCUGGCAUUGGCAAGUCUGGCAAGCCUUUGCACUACAAGGGGUCCAAGUUCCACCGCAUCAUUCCCAACUUCAUGGCGCAAGGAGGUGACUUCACGGCCGGUAACGGCACGGGGGGUGAAAGCAUCUACGGUGAAAAGUUCAAGGAUGAAGCGUUCGUGUUGAAGCACCAAGGCCGAGGCGUGUUGUCCAUGGCUAACGCUGGCCCCAACACCAAUGGUUCCCAGUUCUUCUUGACGACUGUGGACUGCCCUUGGUUGGACAAAGCCCAUGUCGUGUUUGGCAAGGUUGUGGAAGGCUUGGAAGUGCUCGAAGUGAUGGAAGAGCAAGGCUGCAGCUCGGGUGCCACCCGUGUGCCUGUUGUCAUCGAAGACUGUGGUGAAUUGACCAACUAG